GCAAGAGGCGGGGCGGAAGAGGCAGCACAAGGCGGCGUUGUGCGCUCUGCUGCUCUGGCCCGGCGGCGGGUGGAAGCCGUACACCGGCACGGGAGGCCGGGGAGCCUAUGGCCGGGCCGUUGCUCCGGAGCGGGGUGCGCCGGUUCCCCUGGCUCUGCAACGUGCUGCUCUACGGCAGCCUCUUCUCGGCCGGGGACGCGGCUCAGCAGCUGCUGCGGCGGCGCCCGGGGCAGGAGCCCGACUGGGCGCAGACCCGGCACGUGGCGCUGGUGGCCCUCAGCUUCCAUGGCAACUUCAACUACGUGUGGCUGCGGGGGCUGGAGCGGGCGCUGCCCGGCCGCGCGCCCGGCGCGGUGCUGGCCAAGGUGCUGUGCGACCAGCUGGUGGGGGCGCCUGUCGCCAUCCUGGCCUUCUACACGGGCAUGAGUAUACUUCAGGGGAAAGAGAACAUUUUUUCCGACUGUAAAAAGAAAUUCUGGAAUACAUAUAAGACUGGGCUGUUGUACUGGCCUUUUGUGCAGCUUUCAAACUUCGUUUUGGUCCCUGUUUACCUGAGAACAGCUUACACUGGGCUCUGUGGCUUUCUCUGGGCUAUCUUCAUUUGCUUUUCACAACAGAGCGGUGAUGGCACAGCAAAGUCGGCUUUUCUGUGGUUCCAAAGAGAGAAGGUCAAUGCAGAUGGAGAACCAUCAGAGAAAUGAGAAAGUUGUUUAAUGGAGUAUUUAUUUUAAAUGGUUAAACUGUGCUUAUAAAGGGCAAUGAAUUGCACCGCCAACUGAUUGCUGUGUUUUAAAAUGAAUCUUCAUCCCAGGGCUCAGUGGUCAUUAUAUACAGUGCAAUACUUUGGUUUUGCACCUGUUUGCACAGAAAAGAGGCCCAUUGUAUAUUGCUGUUUAAUUAUUUUCAUGCUGGCAGCUAGUCUCCUCUGUGGACUCUAGCCACUUGCUUGUCACAGUGCAGCAAGAGCAUUUGCACAACAUGGUAGCCAGCCUCAUUGGGGAGAGAUAUUAGCUGUAAUUUAAUUUUCAAGCAACUUCUGGUUGCUAGAAAAGGGGGGGAUAGAACAUUAAAUCAUCAGUGUUUAUACUUGCCAGUUAUUAUGAGAGCAAGAUUCCUUUUGCAUUCACUGGAGUUUUCUCUGAAUUGCAACCUAUGGUACUGAAUCUAUAUUUAUUCUGAGAAAAAAUUGUACUCUUUUUUUUUUAUAGGAACCGAUUAUAACAUUUUUAAACUCUUGCCUUAGCCUGCAGUGAGAAUUUGUACAAAGACAAUAACUUAGCCUUGCAAAAUUUACCAGUCUAAGCACAAAAGGAAUUUGCUCACCCUCUACAAUGAUCAAUGACAAGGAAAAAUUAAUGAAUUUUGCAAGACUGAUGUAGCAGUUGAAUUGUUGUUGCUGUGUGUGUAUUUAAUAUCCUCAAGAUAAUGAAGCAAUUAAAAGAUGGCUUUAUUUAUUCUGAUUAGUACUUUUAAAAUCAACAUUAUAUUUGGAUAUUUGUACUCCUUUUCAGUAAGAUUCAUAGUGUAUGGAGUAUGGAUGAAUGUGUAUGACAAUACAUAACACUCAAAAGCAAAUUAGAAAUAAUGUGCUCAAAUUAAUGCUUUUUGUGAUAAUUCUAUUAUAGGUAAUGCUUUUAUUUUUAUUUCUGCAUGUGCCUUAAAUGUAUAGUGAUGAACUGCAUUCAUUUAAAAGAAAGGAACUUGGGAGGAGUGCCACUGCAGGGAAAAUAAGAGCUGACAUUAGGGAAAUUGACAAGGAUUUCAAGAAAGAGUAUACACAAUCUCUAUGUGAUCUGCGGUAAGAUGCGGAAAGCAUUCCAUUGGUGAUCGUUUUUGAACUUUUACCAAUAAAUGUGACAGCUAUCAGGAUUGCAAAUAAUAAGAAAUAAAAUUCAAUUUGAUAUCAGAUUACUAAUCCCUCCUACAGAGUUGAAAGACAACACCAUCAGUUAUUUUCUGUUCCCUGUUUCUUUACCUUGUCAGCAUGCACAAAAUGGAAAAUGUUGUUAAGAAUAUAGUUCUUGGAGAAAAAAUGAUGACUGAGAUAUAGUGUUGCUUUGCUGUGUGCUGUAACAAUAUGCCAUGUUCUACCCUUGAAGUAGAUGCAAUUUGUUAGUGGAUGAAUUGAUUGAUAUAUAGUUUUAAUUGUUAGUAAAAUUUGUAAUGAGUGGAACACCCCUCUUUUAUUUUUAAAGCUUUGAAUGUUUAUACAAGCUGUCCAUUAGCGCUGUAUACUUUUCUGAUGCCAGUUAUUCAGGAACUUGGCUUAAAUAGGAUUUUUGUCUGGGUAAGGACUUCAGGAUUUAUCUCCAUGUUUCUCUGUUUUCAGUAUACAGAAAGGUAGUUCUUUGUUCCUUUGCUCUUUUGUGUAAUCACACUGGAGCAUGUAGUUCUCAUGUUUCAGUGAAUUUAAGAAUCUAAGUAAUCCUUUUACUCCCUCCAUUUCUCUUGAAAAGUUGCUACGGGCUACAUAAGUAAACUAAUCUCUCUUCCUGUUCUAAAACCUCUUUGUAACCACAAGCUUUGGCAGUUAGAAGGAGUGUUUCAGGGGCGGGAGAUGCAAAACAAUGUGGCUAUCUUGGGCCAGAUCCUCAGCUGGUGUAAAUUGGCAUAGCUCCUUUGAAGUUUUUGGAACUCUGUCAGUGUACACCAUCUGAAGAUCUGGCCCCUUUACUUUUUGGAAAUACUAUAAUUUCUUACCACUUUAUAAAUUAGGAGACUCUAAUAUGACUUUUCCUACAUAUGCAGGGCUAAUGAUUGGUGAUACAGUACUUAUCAACAAGAAUAUCUAAAAUAUCAAACCGUGGACCAGCAGCUGGGCAGGUUUGCCCUCAUGCCUGUUUGGAUGCAUGUUUCAUAGGUGGUCCCAGAGAGUCCACCUAAAGGAGCUGCAAUAGACUUAAUGCCAACUGAACACUACACAGAAUUCACCAAAAAAGUAUGGCUAGAUAUAAGAAGUCAAGGUGGUACUCGGCAAACGGAGGGAGCUCUCUGCCAUCAGCUAUCAGGCAUGUAUUCACAUGACACCUCCAUUUCAUGGGGUUGUUUCUAAAAUCAAAUGAGUAGAGAAGACAAAUUCUGACCAGGUGUGACAGCAACUCGGUUUUAUUCAGUGUAGCUGUGUAGCUUAUACAGGGUCUGAAUUUGGCCAAAUGAGAAUUUGAAAGUCUGUUUUCCAAUUACACUAAUUAAAAAAAAAUUGUACUGCCCUAGAUCAUUUUGAUAUCUGAGUCACAUUCUGCUAGGAGUUCAGGCUAGUAUCUAGAAAAAGCCCAGAAGAAGGUCUGAGUUUUUCCUGCCCUGGAAAGCAGCAGCCACUGACGUUGUCUAGAACCUUAGGUUUCACAGUAUGAUGCAUGAGAAGCUGCUUGGCUCAAAUAUGUACCAUGCUGAUGGGCACCAUCUAAGUAUGUACAGCAUAUUAAUAAUAAUAUUGAUGCCACAUUUGCAACCUAGAAAGCUUCUGCCUUUUAUUAAAUAAUAAGUAAUUAAUAUAUUUCCAGAAGCAAGCAUGGACAUCCAUGAGGAAAGAAAGGCAUAAAAUGAAAGCUUCAAUAGAUGUGUAAAUCAACAUGCAAAGGCUAGUGGUGGUGUGUUAGAGACUGCUAAAUUUAAUCAUUUAUUUGUGAAAUUCUUGAAGAGGAAGCUGUCCAACGGAUUUGAGGCAGUCUGAAGUAAACAACAUGCAGUACAAUGGACAACAAUUUAAACUACUUGUGCAAAUGCCUGUGGGUUUAGAAUUGGUUGUAAUCUCUCAAGAGAAAGAUCUAUGGGUCAUUGUGAACAGAUCAAUGAAGAUGCUUGCUCAAUCCAUACCAGUGAUUAAAAAAGCAAAUGAGACAAUGGAUUAUAUUAGGACAGGGACAGAAAAAGAUUUAUUUCUGUGAACCCAUUCAAAGUAGUAGAUAUUUUAUAUAAUGAUAUUUAUAAAGGAAUACAUUGGAAACAUACAGUGGAAACAUUUUGUGCUUCCCUGAAUGGAAAUGAGUUUUGCAAAUAAAACCAAAUCUGCAAAUUUUAUAACAUGAGGCAGAGCAAAUUUCACAAAAAAGAGGUGCUGGAAUCUUCCUGUAUUUGGAGAUGUUUGUUUUGGUGCUUCAUAAUAAUACAUUAACCCUUUUCUCUACUGGUUCUAUAAGUCAUUUGCUGCACUAUCAUCACUCCAUUGAUGUCAGUGUAUUAUUGGAGGUACCUGGCAGAUAGAGCAGCAAAGGAAGUAUAUUUCACACCCCAGAUCUGUAAUACAAUAUGUACAGAUUAGCAUCAGUCAAAAAGUGUUAGUUUUUAAGAUAUACUAUGCACAGUUCAUAAAGUAGGUGAGUGCUACUUGUGCUAAAAUGUGUGUGGAAUUCAAGCAGGAAAAGAGAAUGCAGUGAAAUAGCUUGGGAUGCUUGGCAUUUUAUUAAACUGUUUAUCCAUCCUUCUCAUGCAAAUUGCAUUUCUUUCUUGAAAUGUACAUCAUAGGGCUUCUGUUGAAGAAAACAAAAAGGUUGAUUAUUAUUAUUUAGAGGUACACAUUAUAAACAGAUUUGUGGAAUACAGUGGUCUCCUGAUCCACUUGCCUUUCACUGUUCUGGCUCUGCAAACCAGGAAGAAAGGCAGCUUAAUCAGCUAGUCGGGGAUUCCCCCAUUGCAAGUGUAUCUCCAAGUGGCACAGAGCUAUGGUCCUGAGGCUUUUCUAAACUACGCUCUGGGCUGACCCCAGGAUUAGAGAAGAAGAAAGGUUGAUUAAAGCCAUCUUUGCUCAUUCUCUCCUCAGCUGCACAGUGGGGGUUAUGGCCCUGUAAAUUUAGUUGCUUAUUGUAUUUUACUACAGAUUAACAGUUGCUACUGUAAAUUAUUUUUGUAUAUAAGCAUUAGAGAUGUAUCAGAUGACCAUGAUAAGGGAAUACAACAGAGGUAAAGUUGUGUAUGUUACAGGUUAAAACAGAAGAUGGAACUCUUUGGGACUUCAGAUGUCUUUCUAGGGUGAAGAGAAAGUGGUGCAACCAGACUUAGGGAACUCCCUCCUGGAAAUAUAUGGAUUAGCAGCAGCUCUGGAGAAAAUUCUUUCAGACUUUUCAGAGAUUCAGUGAUUCCAAGGCCAGAAGGGACCACUGUGAUCAUUUAGUCUGCCCUCCUGUAUAACAUGAGAACUUCCCCAAAAUAAUUCCUAGAGUAGUGGUUCUCAACCUGUGGUCCACAGACCAUGUCUAAGGGGUCAGUGAAAGACUAAGACUGAAAACUGACUGAACAGAAUUCAAUUAUAUAUACACACAAUAGAUUUCCAAAAGGUCUGUACCGCCUUUCGAAAAUUUUUAGGAGUCCGACAAUGAAAAAAGGUUGAGAACCACUUUUAGAGCAUAUCUUUUAGAAAACAUUCAAUCUUGAUAUAAAAAUUGCCUUUGAUGGAGAAUCCACCAUGACCCUGAGUAAAUUGUUUCAAUGGUUAAUUACCCUCACUGUUAAAAAUGUAUAACUUAUUUGACUUAUGGUGAGAGAAAUCAAGAGUCUCAAAUGAAGACAAAAACCAAGAGAGAAAAAUUAUUGCAUUUCUCCAUACUGAAAAUGGGUCAACAAUGUACAAGAGAUCAGUAUGAGAGGCUGUAUCAAAUACACUGGAGUCUUUUUUUAAUGAACUCACAUAUAGUGAAAACACCUUUCUAGGGAAGCACAAUGGAAGACCAAAAUGGCCUCCCAUUGUAAUGUGCAAAUUCCAGUUCUGGUUCUAGUGAACCUCUACUCAGAAUGAAGUUGGUUCAGUGAGAAAUAGUUUCAAUAUAAGAGGGCCCCACUGUAGUAAGUGUUUGUAAAAUGAAGUGAUUACAGUGUAACACCAGUGUCUAAGGAAAAAGCCAGAUUUACCUACAGUGUAUAAUGUGUGGAAAUAUCAUGAAGCUAGAAUGACAAAUGUGAGAAUUGGAACAGUGUUAGCGACAUAAUUACAUUGGAACUUCCAUAUAAUAAGUCUUUGUAUUUAUUUCUACAGCAUUUUUCAUCUGAGCUGCUCAAAGCCUUUUACGAAUGUUCAGGGGGGAAAUCCUCUUCUUAGCAGCCACCCAGAGUAACUGGGCUGGGGACUGAUGAUCUUUGAGGGAGCAGAGAUAAGUAAUCCUCUCCCAGAGAACCUGCCCCGAGGCCCAUUUCCCAGUCUCAGGAACAGAGAAGUCUCCACAGCUCUUGCAGCCCACUCCAGAUGUGUGUGGAGGCAGGGGAAGGAUUUGGUCAGUGACCCAAUGAUCCUGUACCCAAGAAGCUGAGCACAGAAACACAGCCAGUCUACGUUGAACAGGGAUAUGACACACACAGUUUCCAACCCACAUGAACUUCCAAAACCUGUACACACAACUACAGGGUUCAACAGCAUCUGACACUCUUCCGCCUGUGGAGAGAUGGCAACUUUUGCCCUGAAUUAGUUAACCCUCCUAAUGCCCUUUUCUGACUAGUUGAUGGCUGGGGAAACUGAGGCACAAAUUAUUUCACCAUGCUCAUACAGUGAGCAUAUGGUAGAGGACACUCAUUCCCUGACUCCUAUUCCUGAGCUUUUAUCAGAAGACCAGCUUUCCCCCCCACUGCACCUGUGUUAGUGAUGCCACAGGCUUUUUAGGUGGAGAUUUCUUCCCCUUACUUUCACGUUUUCCACUAGCGCAUGGCUUAUGUAACAUCUUCAGUCUUUCUCUCACCCUCGUUGAAUGGCUGAGAUUGAGGAAUCUACCUUUCUGGCAUUCCUCUACUGCUUGUGGUACCAUUACUCACCAUUACUUUAACAGCCCAAUCCUACAGCCAUAGCUCAGGCAAAACUGCCAUAUAAUUCAAUAUGUGUGGUUUGUCUGUAUUAGGAUUGCACGCUCAGGCCCUUGAUACAGUCUUGGUAAUGAUGGAGUUUGAUAUCUCACUCUUUGAAAUAAGCACCACAUUUACGUAUCUAAUAAAAUAUGCUCAGCUGCUUCCAUUUCAUGCAUCACAUACUUUUAUUUUCACAUCCAAAGCACAACAAGAUUAUUAGUUGUACCUGAGCUGCUGUAGAAGGCCAGUGACAUUGAUUGAAGGACUUUACGUUAAUUACAUGCUCAAUUGAUAACGGUCAAAAUACAUAGUGAUGAGAGACUAGUAGAGUGUAGUAAUUACAUCUGAUGUUAUGUGGAAGUACUUGUACUGUUCCAGUGCAAUAUUUCUCUUGUUCUGUAAGUAGGAUUCUGAAAAUGGGACAUAGGCCCAUUCAGUCACUUAGAGAUGAAUUUUUAAAUGUAUUUAGGCAGUUAAAGAUGCAGAUAGGCACUUAGUGGGAUUUUCAAAAGCUCGUAGCCCCAAUUCCCACUGAGAGCUCAGUCCUGCACAACUCCCAAUGGGAGUUAGGGGUCUAGGCGCUUUGAAAUUCCCAUUAGGUGCCUAUCUGCAUCUGUAGGUGCCUAAAUAAAUACUUUUUACAAUCUGGCCUUUAGACACUUGUGAAUAUCCUGAGAGACAUGGAGCACCUGCAGCUCCCACUGGCUCAGAGGAGUACAGGGGCUACUUUGUGUGUCUCUCUUGGUGCAAGCAUCCCAAAUGGAACAGGUAGGAGGUAGGGUCCUGUGCUGGCCCAGAAAAUGGACUGGCUGCAUUUAGUAGAUCAUGUUGCACUGUCCUCACAGAUGAUGUAGCUUGCAUAGUCCCAUAUUCACCAGGCUGUUAAGGGAGGAAAUUACAUCUCCUUUAGACCUGUGGGGCUGUACAGUUCCACAUUAUCCGCUACUCAGCCCAGUGAAUAAAUGGCACGAUUUGACCAUCAGACUGAAGCAGGAGAUUGGAAGAUUAUAGCUGCCAUUUCAAGGUGAAGGAGAAAAGAGAAUGCUAAGUGAAAGGGACAGGCAUACCUAUGGUAUUGCAUGUGUAAAAUUGCUCUUAUACUGAAUUGGGUUUUUUGUUGUCCUUGUAGUUUUAUUUCUUGUGGACCAGCAACAAAAUAACACAUCUUUCUUCUAUGCCUCCGGGCCUGUGAACGUUUUUGAGCUCUCAUGUAAGAUCAGCCCUUGUGCAGGGGAAAUGGAUGUCCACAUGCAAUUACCUUUAAUUUUUGGACUUUCUAAUGCCAAUGCAGGUAAACUCAGGCCCUAAGUGAGAUGGCAAAAUGAUACUAUGUUGGCAUGUUUUAUAUGACUUUUUAUUUUAACAGAUGUAUCUGUCUAUUCAAAUUCAGUACACUAUUGUACACUUCUGUUAGUAUGCAACCUAUCAUAUCCUAGACCCUGUAUCUUUGUGUAAUUCAGGAAUCUGUUUUUCUGUAUAUCUAUUACCACCCAACACCCAUGUAAAAACUCUGCUGCAAGAUAAUGGCUCACCUACAUGACAAGGUGCUGAAAUUGGUCCGAAGAUAGAAAAAUGUGAAUAUUAUACUGAGGACUCUAUUACCGUACUAUUUGUAAUAUAUCCAACUUUUACAAGUCAAAGAAAAGUACAGAUAAUAUGAUGGUUUUUAGUGUACUGCUGUAAAAUUUACAAUCAAAGAGCAAAGUGUGAAUGUAGCACGAGUUUACUACGAAAAAUAAAAAGUCAGAUAUCUUUUGUUGUGGUCCAAAGUACUGCCAGGUGAAACUUGGUCAUUAAGCCUCAACUGGUCUACUCAAACUGUUUCUGUUCUAUCUGCCUGGACCUGCAUAUGCCCAUGUAUAUGGAAUACCAGUUUGUACUUCUAGGGCUCCUGUAUUUUGUAUUCUAUAAUCUGACCUUUCACACAGAAUGGAAUCUGAGUAAAUAGAUUUUUUUUAAAACGCUGGUGUGGUCUCUAUUAUUGAUCUCUCUGCAACCUUUGCAAUCAGACUUUGUAUAGACCCAGACACCAAACCCCUGCCUUCAAACAAACCAUUCCACUUAAACAAAAACUCAGCAUAACCCACCAUAUUUUGAUGGUUUCCAUCCAAACCCAUAAAUCAGCUCAGCUUCUCUUGAAACCCAGUUCAGACGCAAAGGUUUAUGAGGCUUGGUCAACCUGGUCUGUGUAUUAGGGGCUCAAUCCUGCAAGAAUCUGAGUGCUAUAGCCCUGAUCCGGGAAAGCCUUUAAGCACUUGUUUAAUUUUAAGCAUGUGACAAUGGACUACUUGUGCUUAAAGCUGAAUGCAUGCCUAAGGGCUUUGCUGGAUUGGGACCAGAGAGUUCAGCCCCUUGAAGGACUGAGCUCUAGGUUAGUGAUAACAAAAUGAGACCUUACGUGGCCUGGCUUCACACAGAUUCAGUUACAAGUCAGAAAGACUGUGGGACAAAUUCAUAUGUGAGGUGGCAAAUUUGCAGAUUUCCCCCCUAGAAAAACAACUUUGCGAACAACAUGGUGCAAUAUUAAAUGAAGAAAAUGUCCACUAAAUUUUGCCAGUCAUGUCAUUUUUUGCUUGGCAUUUUUUUGGUAAUGUCUCUUGUCAUUUUUCAACAGAAACUGUACUUUAAAUACAAGUAAAUGGAAAUAAUAAAGAAUUACUAAUUAAAUGCUCA